AGAGAUGGGUAUAUAUAUAUAUAUAUUCUCUUUAGUCAUCAUGUUUUUUUUGGGUGUUUUCUCUUGUAAUCAAACGAGAUAAUUAAAAACCAGAUAUUUCUGUAAGAACUAAGAAGAGUCCGAAAGGUUUUUUGUUUUAAAGUUGUUUAUAUUUGUGGGAAGGCCUUUAGAUUUAAGCUUGAGUUGUGCUUUUCUUUGUCUCUUUGGGCAGAAACUGAGAGAGUGAAUAUAUAUUAUUACCAAAGAUUUAUCUGCUUGUGUUUGGAGAAAUCCUUGUUUUCUACUGUGUUUUUCGCCUUUUUGAAAGCUAUCACUUUUAGGAAUUUAGCUGCAAAAUACAUUAAAAAAAAGGAGAGGAAGAAAGAAAUUAUGUCUGGUGAAGCUUUCUCUAUCCCUUCUUCUUCAACAGGAGGGUUCAUUCAAGACCAAAAUAAUGCAAACCCUAACCCUAAAGCUAAUCCAAAUCCUGUUAAGAAGAAGAGAAAUCUUCCAGGAAACCCGGAUCCAGAUGCUGAAGUUAUUGCUUUAUCCCCCAAAACUCUCAUGGCUACAAACAGAUUCGUAUGCGAAAUCUGCAAGAAAGGUUUCCAAAGAGACCAAAAUCUGCAGCUUCAUCGCAGGGGACAUAAUCUUCCAUGGAAGCUGAGGCAAAGAACCAACAAAGAAGUUCGUAAGAAGGUUUAUAUUUGCCCCGAGAAAACCUGCGUUCACCACGAUCCGUCCAGAGCUCUCGGCGACCUCACCGGGGUAAAGAAACAUUACAGCAGGAAACAUGGGGAGAAGAAGUGGAAGUGCGAUAAAUGUUCGAAGAAAUACGCUGUUCAAUCCGACUGGAAAGCUCACUGUAAAACCUGUGGUACUAGAGAGUACAAGUGUGACUGUGGCACAUUAUUUUCCAGAAAAGACAGCUUCAUCACCCAUAGAGCCUUUUGUGACGCUUUAGCUGAAGAAAGUGCAAGGCUUACUUCUGUUGCAGCAACAAGUUCAACCUUAAAUUUCAGAAACGAUGCUAUGAAUCUGCCUCAAGGAUUUUCUGGUUUUCCUCAAGAUUUUCCUGGGAUGCCUGCAGCAGGUUUGACUGAGAUGGUUCAAAUGGCUCCAAGCAAUCUCUUUGGUUCAUCUUCACACUUUCCUGGAUUCGAAGACGGUGGUGGAACUUCGUCAAAUCACAAUCUUUCCUGUAAAGAAGAAGGAGGAAAUGAAGGCAGUUUAAUGGAAAGCCUGUCGUCUCUAUGCUCCGAUUCUCAAAACAAACAAUCCAAGCCUACUGCUUCUCCUAUGUCGGCGACCGCACUCUUGCAGAAAGCGGCUCAGAUGGGUUCAACGAGAAGCAAUCCAUUGUUCUUCGGGAACAGUUUCGGUAUCAAUCAGUAA